UCUCGCCCUUCUCUUCUGCCACCUCUCCCCUCUCUCUCUCUACUCUCGUCUGAUGGAGUGCAAGGCGGCGAGGGAGCCGUCCUCGUCCGCCCCCUCUUCUUCCAUGGACAGCUGUGGCGCCGGCGGGCCGCGGGCGACGGUCUCCACGGCCUCGUCCUUCUACCGGCCGGCGAUCGACAGGGGCCUAAGCACGGACCUUCACCUCGGGCUCAGCCUGCGGUCGUGCUCCUCCUCCUUCCACGCAGCUGACGGCGUCUCCGCUUCCACUCCAAGGUCUCUGCAGGCUCGUGAUUUUAUCUCAGAAAUUAAACUUCUUGUUCAUCAUUUUGCAUCGGUCGAUCUCUGGCUCUCUGCACAUAAACCGACGCAUCCAACCUGCCGUCUUCUUAGGAGCGCCCUGACAACAACGGCGGGUCCGGCGUAUGAGACAGGCGGCGGCGGCGGCAGCCAUGGGCAGCAGUUGCUGUUUGUGAAGGUGUACAUGGAGGGCGUCCCCAUCGGCCGGAAGCUGGAUCUGCUGCUGCUGGACGGCUACGACGACCUCCUCGCUAUCCUAGGCCGCAUGUUCAAGGCCUCCAUCAUACAUCCGGAUACUAUCGGCCGUGAUCACCGAGUGGUUCUUGGGGAGAAGCAGGCUCGCCAUGUUGUCACUUAUCAAGACCAGGAGGGGGACUGGUUGAUGGCCGGCGACCUGCCGUGGGCGCUAUUCCUGGCGAGUGUGAAGAAAUUGAAGAUUGCAAGGGUGGAUAGUAGCAUCUCGGAUUGAUUCAACGAGGGCGACUCAUGUGGCUCCAUUCCUGGGUGUGCUUGGAUUUCAUUAAUUCAUUUAUUUGGGGGAUUAAGAUGAGACGGUCAUUUCUUGGUGGAGUAGGCUGCUUAAUAUGUACAGUAUGCAGAAGUGCGGGAAAUAUUCCUGAAAAAAAAAGAGCAACAGAUAUAUAAUAGUUUUUUUUAAUUAUUUUUCUUCAAAUUUGAUCGUUUAUUUUCUCCUCUGUGGCCGACACUAUGAAUAUAGAUCAA